CCUGGGUACCGCAGUAACUUGUAUGUUUUCUUCUGCUAAUCCAGGUUUACUAUGGACAGCACCAGAAAUGUUACCCUCCCGACGACGGAGACACAGCGGAGCCAGUGGUAGCACUCACCCUUACUACCACGGCAGCAUCAGCAGCAGCAGCUACAACAGCAAGAACAGCAACCUCCGAAAUUUGGUGUUGGCGAACCAGAAAGGGGACAGCUACUCCUUCGCCAUUAUUUUGUAUGAACUGUACGGGAAGGCGGGUCCAUGGGGUCACAUCCAAAUGACAAACAAAG